CAGUGCCCUGAUAAAUAUUUGAGGUGUGUCUUCUCCCGCGCCCCCGACCCACCAGCACCGUCACCAUCUGAAGCCGUCCGUGUGCCUUGCCUCCCUCGACCCCACGGCACUCGACUCUUUCCCCAAGCCUUGCCUGGCGUGCCAGCCCAUCACUGAUCACCGACUGUGUAACGUGCAUCUAAUCCGUCUCCCCACCAGUGUUAUCUUCGCAGCGUCCAUGAAAGACUCGCGCUUUUGAAUUCGUUGUGUUAGCUCGAUUGUUCGACUCCUGGGUUGAAUCACAACACCAGCCUCCCAGAGUCGACACACGAGGAGUUGGCUCAUCCAAUUCGUAUCCUCAGUUCCCAAUCGCACGCCAAUCUUAUAAAUCUCAUUCGUCAUGGACCCUCAGACUGAAAGCGAUGAGCUUUACCCUAUCGCGGUCCUCAUCGAUGAGCUCAAGCAUGAUGAUGUGCUUCUCCGUCUGAACGCGAUCCACCGACUUUCGACAAUUGCCUUAGCCCUGGGCCCAGAAAGGACGCGGGACGAGCUGAUUCCCUUCUUGGAUGAUUCUGUUGAGGACGAAGAUGAAGUGUUGACAGCCCUGAGUGAGGAAUUGGGAAACUUUGUCGAGUAUGUCGGAGGUCCAGAAUACGGGCACGUGCUCCUUUCUCCUCUGGAGAACUUGGCUGCAAUCGAAGAGCCUCUAGUCCGAGAGAAGGCCGUUGAAUCUCUCAACAAAAUAUGCGAUCAACUAUCCCCUAAGCAAGUCGAGGAGGACUUUAUACCGAUGGUUCUUCGUCUUUCCAAAGCGGACUGGUUCACUUCAAAGAUUUCGGCUACUGGCCUCUAUUGUGCUCCUUAUCGUAAAGCUGCCUCGGGCGUGCAGCAAGGCCUUCGUCAACAGUUUGGCAACCUUGUUCAUGAUGAAACGCCAAUGGUACGGAGACAGGCUGCAAACAAUCUAGCCAAAUUCAUUAAGGAAUUGACUCCCACUGUCAUUAUCGAAGAGAUCAUUCCACUAUUUCAAUACCUUACAAGCGACGACCAGGAUAGCGUCCGUUUGCUGACUGUCGAGAUUCUGAUUUCCAUAGCAGAGGAAAUUCCUAAGGAACAACAAUCAAGUCAUGGGGUUCUUCUAACGUCUUUACGGAGUCUCUUCGAGGAUAAGAGCUGGAGAGUUCGGUACAUGGUGGCAGACAAAUUUGAGAAGAUUGCAAAAGCUGUCGACGAGGAAGUUGUCGUCCGAGAUCUCGUACCAGCAUUUGUCAAACUGUUGAAAGACACCGAAGCCGAAGUGCGUACUGCAAUUUCUGGGCAGAUUCCAGGCUUCUGUACCCUAAUUGACCGUGAUACCCUACUUAACGAAAUCAUGACCAGCAUCGAAGACCUAGUCUCUGACCAGUCUCAACACGUUCGUGGUGCUCUAGCAACCCAAGUUAGUGGACUUGCUCCGAUACUUGGAAAGGAAGAGACUAUCGCCCAUCUUUUGCCUAUGUUUCUUCAGAUGCUCAAAGAUGAGCAUCCAGAGGUUCGCCUUCACAUUAUCUCAAAGCUCGACGUUGUGAACAAAGUAAUCGGUAUUGAUCUGCUUUCACAAUCCCUGCUUCCGGCCAUUGUUCAGCUAGCCGAAGAUAAGCAAUGGCGUGUACGUCUCGCCAUCAUUGAAUAUAUUCCUCUCCUCGCAAGUCAACUUGGAGUGAAGUUUUUUGAUGAACAAUUAAGCAAUCUCUGCAUGGGCUGGCUGGGAGACACUGUCUUCUCCAUCCGUGAAGCUGCAACACAGAACCUCAAGAAGCUUACUGAGGUGUUCGGUGUUGAAUGGGCCAAUGAGUCCAUCAUUCCCAAGGUCAUGGCCAUGGGACAACACCCCAACUAUCUUUACAGAAUGACAACAUGCUUUGCAAUCUCGACUCUUGCCCCUGUGGUUAAUCUUAAUAUUAUUGAGAACUCUAUUCUCCCAAUCUUGGAGCGACUGGUCAACGAUGAAAUUCCAAAUAUUCGAUUUAAUGUCGCAAAAUCUUACGCAGUAUUGAUUGACACACUACGCCGGCUCCCUGUCGACGGUACUCUCCAAGAUGUCGAGAAAUCUGGCGAGAAUGAGGGCGCCUCGCCACAUGGCCAAGAAGUCAUCCAACAACGGAUACUGCCCCAGCUUGAAAAAUUGCAGGAAGAUGACGAUGUUGAUGUUCGGUAUUUUGCUACGACGGCUGCGGGCGGGCAUGAUGAGGCCAUGCAGACUUCACCAUAGAUGCAGCCUACUGCUGUUUUGCAUAUAAAUUCAAAAAGGUUGCUGGACAGUUGAGAGGCACGUGGUAUUCUUACAGCGACAGAUAUCUCGUAUGGAGGUUUGGAGGUGAUUAAUACUCUCUGUGUUAGAAACAUAAUCAGCAUUUUUGUCAGAAUAUGAAAACGCGGUCUGAUGAUCAGUAGACCCUAUUCCAUUAAUUGCGUUAAAUAAUAUCUAACUCCUGUACCAAGCUUAGAAGCCGUAGCAAAAAUAUAAUUGGACCGUAGUCAAGUAAGAGACAAUGGUUCUCACGUUUGACAAGUUCAACGACAGAAGGCGGAGC